AUGGCGGAUUGGCAAAACCUUCAGGAUGAGCUCCUGAACACAAUAGCCACAAAAUUAACCACGCUCUCCGCCAACAUCCGCUUCACCGGCGUAUCCCGAUCGUGGAGACUCGCCGGCUUAACAGACCGCCACCGCCUAAUUGGACGACAAAUUCCAGGCCUCAUUCUUCCUCCUCCUCCUCCUCCUCCCAACAAUAACACCAUCAGCACCCGCAAGUUCAUUCCAUUAACAGAGUUCAUCAACCAUCACAAUAAGAACGGUGGCGGGCAGGGGACGAACACCAAUGAGCUUGCAAUUCCAUGGCGGCUGGCAGAGAGGAGCCUCUGCAUCGGGUGGUGCAGAGGAUGGAUGCUUGUUCUUGAUUACUAUUGCAAAUUGACUCUGCAGAACCCUCUAACCGGUUCAGAAUUCGCUCUUCCCGAAGAAGAGAAGGUGAAGAGAAUCAAGCACCUGGAUUUCCUGUUGUGGGGAUACAGGCGUUCGAGAAGAGUCUCAAUCGGUACUCACUCUGUUUCUGUUUCCGAUUGGUUCGUCGUCGUCGUCCAGCCUAUUGAAACCUACCUGAAGUAUUGCAGGGUUGGGGAUGGAAAGUGGAAAGUUUUAGAAUUCCCAGAGUAUCAAUUUGGGGUGAAGGAUUACAUAGUGGAUGCACUCUGCAGCAGCCUGGAAGAAGGGUGUCUCUACGUGUUGAUGAGUACAGGGGAGCUCUUCUGCUGCGAUAUCGAUGGCAGGGAGGAAGAGGAGAAGAAGAAGAGGGUUGUGGCGUUUGGGAGUAUGGAUGAGAAAUUCAACAGAGGGAAAGUUUUGAAGUCACUGGUGGAAGUUGAGGGGGAAAUUCUGCUGGUUCAUGAGAACAGAGAGUGUGCUUGCGGGUUUGAUGUGUACAGAGUUGAUAGAGCGGGAAAGCGGUGGGUUGGGAUUACAGAUCAAUUGGGAGAGGUUGCUGUGUUUCUAUGGUUUGCGGGGCAGCCAUUUUCGGUUCGAGCAGAGUGGGAAUUGGGGAUCAGAGGGAAUUGCAUUUACUUUCUGGAGAUGGAACAAUGUCGUGGUUCUGAUAGGAAACUUUGGUGUGAUAUUGGUGUGUUUGAUCUGAAGACCUCGAAGAUUGAGUUCUUCCAUGUCGAUUCCGAGUUGGAGAUGCCAUGUCCAGGGAGACCAGUUCAACUUCCCGUACCCAUAGCUCCACUGCCAUGGUAA